AUGCGUUCUUCUCACCAGCUACUUACCCUUCCUGUCUUCGCAGGCAUCGCUGCCGCCGGACUAUGCAGACCAGGCACCUCUUCGAUCACCACAGCCAUUGCUGCCAUUGAGACUGAAACAAGCGUCAAUGCCGACACCAAGACGUCUCUUACACAGACCCUGUCAUUCUCUGCCUCGGAAACUAUUCCAGCCACUACCCUUGAAACAUUUGUUCCUGUCACAGAGAGCUCCGUAUCUGAGACUACUACCGCUCCUCUCAUCGAGACCUCUGCGCCCGAGACUACCACGGCUGCUUUCGCGGAUUUCACCAGCGACACAACCCUCGCCACAAGCUUUGUGUCUUCCAGCACUGCUGAGACAACAAGUGCUUCGGAAAUCGCAUCCUCCCAAGCCACAACUACUACAUCACCUGUCUUUCCCCCGCAGCCAAUCAUCUGCCCUGGAUCAGACAGAAUGUGUCUAUACAACAUGGACAUUCGAUGCGACUAUCAACUGGCAGGUCUACCCAAAGAUGGCAACAUGAGCCUCGACGAAUGCGCCGAGAAAUGCGGUAACGAUGCAAGUUGCAUCCUUUUCUCCUGGGCUCCCUCUGACUCUUCGUGCUCCAUGGGUUCCUAUGACGAUCUUGAGGUGGAGGAUUUGAUUCCAGGCGUGGUGAGCGGUACGAAGGGAGAGUGUGAGGAGCCAGAGCCGUGA